UCUUGUUAUCCAAACUCCCACUACAUGAAGUGGUGACAGGCCAACUACCAGUAUUACCUCUGAGGCAGGACACCAUGGAUCAUUGCGACCUGACUGUGCAAGAAUGAAAUGUUAUGCUACAUUCAGUAUAGAGGCUUCUGCAUCCAAUAACAGCACUGCUGUCAGCUGCAUCCUGAUAUUUUUACAGAUGGUGUCUGAAUUGAUUACUUCACUUGAGAAUGUAAUUCAUGAGAACAGAAUAUCUCAGAAGGAGCUGUACAAGCUACCACCACUGCAGAAGACAAAGAAUACCAUGUUCCAUACAGUGGAAACACCAGCAACAGAUACAAUCUGUAAACAUGAAGAAAAUGGAAAUUUGAACAAUUUUUUCACUCCAGAAUAUAUUAAAAUGUUGCCUAGUUUUAGUUUUUCAAAACAGUACAAUAGAAGCAACAGCACAUUUUACUUGCAGAAAUCAUUGAGUAAAGGAAUGCUUACUGAUGAAAAAAGAGACUCAGAAAGUAGUAAGGAGUCUUUUCUUCCAAGGCUUAGAAACAUUGGCUUAGAUUUUGCCCCAACAGAUGAGAAGCAGUUAACUGUUCUUUCAUCAGUCGUGUCUGGAAAGCACCUAAUUUCCUUGUUGCCAGAAGCUAAAAUAAAAUAUAAAUUUAGAAAGAAUCAGAUAUCUACAAAGAGAUUUCACUUUGGAGCUUCCAAUUCAGAUAGUGAAGUAUGUGAAACUCAACAUGAUCCAACUUCAAAACCUCAAAGGCACUUACUAACUACAGGUAUGGCACUACCAUCAACAGUAAAUGCUUGUUUUAAGAUGUUUUAAACAUAUGUUAGUAAGGGAAGGCUAACCUCACAAUGGUGAAGUAAAAUUAUUUUUAACAUAAAUGUUCAAGAGAACACUUUAAAAUUAUUAAUGCCCACAAAAAUCCCUAAACCAACUUAGGAUAGUAUGCUACUAAACAAAUAGUAAAGGAUGCUUAUGAAGUACAUUUUAAUGAGUUAUGUAAAAAUCCAGCUUCAUAUUUGCUUAAAAUAAAAUUUAUUGCAUAUGGUUGUACUACCACUGGAGUAAUCUGAAAAAUCUAAACUUCUUUUCGGUAUUAAAAAUAAUGCAAAGGUCCUUCAAAAUCUGUUUACACUCUCAUCACAAAUGGCUGUCUGAUCUUAAAAGGGACCACGUUAUUUGUAAUUAUGUCUAUCCCCGGAUUUACUAAUCUUCCGUGCAGGACUAAUCUAGUCCUGCACGGAAGCGGCAGUUGAAGAGGAGGAUGACAGCGCACCAUGUAUAUUAAUGAAGGCACGCUGUCUGAACUCCAAAUGCUACACAGAGUGUGGACG